AUGGGUGACUACUCGAAAGCACUUGAAUUUUACGAAAAAGCACAUCAAAUCUUCGAAAAAGCUCUGCCUUCGAAUCAUCCAGAUUUGGCUAGUUCCUACAACAACAUCGGUGAAGUGUAUAGAGACAUGGGUGACUACUCGAAAGCACUUGAAUUUUACGAAAAAUCACAUAAAAUUCUCGAAAAAGCUCUGCCUUCGAAUCAUCCCGAUUUGGCUGGUUCCUACAACAACAUCGGUGGAGUGUAUGAUGCCAUGGGUGACUACUCGAAAGCACUUGAAUUUUACGAAAAAUCAUUUAAAAUAAGAGAAAAAGCUCUGCCUCCAAAUCAUCCUGAAUUGGCUACUUCCUACAACGACAUCGGUCUAGCGUAUAACAACAUGGGUGACUACUCGAAAGCACUUGAAUUUUACGAAAAAUCACAUAAAAUCUACGAAAAAGCUCUGCCUCCGAAUCAUCCCUCAUUGGCUACUUCCUACAACAACAUCGGUGGAGUAUAUAAUGACAUGGGUGACUACUCGAAAGCACUUGAAUUUUACGAAAAAUCACUUAAAAUAAGAGAAAAAGCUCUGCCUUCGAAUCAUCCCGAAUUGGCUUAUUCCUACAAUAACAUCGGUCAAGUGUAUCACAACAUGGGUGACUACUCGAAAGCACUUGAAUUUUACGAAAAAUCACAUCAAAUCAUCGAAAAAGCUCUGCCUUCGAAUCAUCCCGAUUUGGCUGCUUCCUACAACAACAUCGGUCAAGUGUAUAACAACAUGGGUGACUACUCGAAAGCACUUGAAUUUUACGAAAAAGCACUUAAAAUAAAAGAAAAUGCUCUGCCUGCAAAUCAUCCCUCAUUGGCUACUUCCUACAACAAUAUCGGUCAAGUGUAUAACAACAUGGGUGACUACUCGAAAGCACUCUCAUUCUUAGAAAAGGCACUUUCUAUCUUGCAAAAAUCACUUCCACCUAAUCAUCUUAAUAUUAAAACAGUUACAAACUCAAUUGCCAAUGUAAAAAAGAAAAUGUAA